AUGAACGGGAUGAUGAACUACAAGUGUAUGUUAGUGAAAUUAAACCAGGAGGUUUGGCACAUAGAAAAGGUCUUAUCCCAGACAUGCCGUGUCCAAGUGCCAGCAGUGGUCAACGCCGGAGGGCCGUCAGUUGACAGCAAUGAUAGCAUUAUUCAGAACACAAUGGGAACACCUCCUCAACCAAGAGACAAAGCUUUUGCAGAUUUGCCUGUUGGUUCACCUGGUCGGGACUCAAGACAAGGCACUUUGUCGCCACGAAAAUCACCUCUGCCACCAAAGCUAUCACCAAAGGAGAUUGAUGUGCUCUUAAAGAAUACUGAGCAAGUGACAGCAAUGUGCCAAAAUCCCAAUGAACCUUACCAGUUUGGAGAUGCGCCUUCCAGGCCAUUGUCUGAAGCACAGAAGUUAAGGAAGGUCAUCAUGGAACUCUUGGAAACAGAGCGUGCCUACGUGAAGGAUCUCAAUGUCCUAAUCGAACGAUAUUUAAAUCCCCUGAAGGCGGAGACACUCUUGACAUCGGAUGAGAUAAUGCAGUUGUUUGGUAACAUCCAAGAGAUAGUCCAGUUCCAGGAACAGUUUCUCCAAAGUUUAGAGGAAGCUGUAGAGCUCGGGGGUGAUUUCUUCACUCUUGAUGACCCAAAGAAAUUUCGGCGUGUUCUGUUUUCUCUGGGUGGCUCUUUUCUGUAUUAUGCCAACCAUUUCAAGGUGUACAGUUCCUUCUGUGCAAGUCAUUCAAGGUCGCAAAAGAUCCUUAAUCCAGAUGCAAAUGCAGCUUUAAAAGAAUUCCUUCUUUCUCGAAAUCCCAAACAGCAACACUCCUGUACCCUGGAGUCGUUCCUUAUUAAACCAAUUCAGCGCAUCCUUAAGUACCCACUUCUCUUGCAACAGCUGUGUCAGUUGACUGAUCCAGAAACAGACGAGCAUUACCAUCUCUCAGAGGCCCUUCGUGGAAUGGAAGCUGUAGCAGAACACAUCAACGAAAUGCAAAAGAUCUAUGAAGAAUACGGUUACUCCUUUGAUGAGUUGUCUCGGAUGUACAAAGAGCACCAUCCCCACAAUAAACCGGUAGACCUAAGUGUGGGAGAGUUACAAAUGUAUGGAACAGUUCAAUGGUGCAAUGCUAUAGAUUUCCUUGGAAAGAUCAAGAAAGGGACAGACCUGGAGAAUGUUGUGUUCGUUUUUAAGACUGGAAUUGUCUUUCUGUGCCGUGAGAGGGUGAAGAGAAAAUUCAAAAAGAGCAGCAGCAGUCGGAAUGCCCCAUUAUCAGAAGGCUAUGAUGCCAUCCCCCGUUUCCGCACCCUAAUCCCUGUACAUGAGGUGCAAGUUGUCAGCGGCUCACGGGCAGAUUGUGAGAGGCACUAUUGGUGGCAGCUGAUCCACUCCAAGUCUGAGAUAGAAGGCCGGCCAGAGAGGCUGUACCAAUUUUGCAACUGCACAUCUGAGGCUAAAACAGAUUUCAUGAAGGUUAUCAGACAGACUAUAAGAGACAGUGUUCGGAAAAUGGCUGUGCCAUCAGCACGGCAAACAGCCAAGACCAAAUACAUUCCAUUUGGUGGUAAGCGCCUGGAGUGUUUGGGUUCAAACCCACGCACCCUGAGUAAGAAACGUGGUGGAGUCAAGGCCCCGGAGACAGAGAGGCAUUCUCUGGACUUUGAGGAGAAUUUUAACAACAGCGAGUACGACAGCAUGUUCAGGACAAGGAGUAAGACAGUUGGAAACCUGAACGAAGUCGCGCAGGGGGAAGAGGGUAAGGAUGAGCCUGUGGCUGACCAGGUACCUGCUCGGCCAGCAUCGUCGAUCGCCAACCCUUAUAGUACGGCACCUCAUGGGAUGUCAAACAGGCAUCUGCGGGCUGCCGGGCAGGAGCAGUCGGCCUCACGGCCAACAUCCCCUAGACCCACAGGCGGUGGAUCGCCUGUUUGGAAACCACGCCAGGAGCCAACUGGUAUCAUUGGCAGUGGUGGCGGCAGUGAUGGACGAGGCUACAUCAACACUAGUACAAGCAAACCAGGAACGCCGACACAGGUGCUGCCAUCACAUGCAGUAGCUAGUGCGCUUAGCAGCUCCGAGGCUUCGACACCGACCACUUCAUCUGCAUACGGGGAUUACUCUGAUGUUGUCUACCGGGCAGACACUCCAAGUCGGGUGAUUACACACCAGCCCUCCCAUUGCAUCGCGUACAAGGACACUGAGUGCUGA